AUGGGCUCCCAGGCAGACUGGAAUUCUAAUGAAGAAUUUUUCAAAUUCACGCGUGGCCGCUUUGUUAUUGACGAGGCGGAGAAUCUUCGAAAGCGAGAGAUCAGGUUCGACUUGAACAAGCUCGCAUAUGUCGCUGCAGACUCGGUCGGCGCCACUAAGUGCAUUUCCAUCAAGAAGUACCCCGACAGCAUGUUCGACAAAACAUUCCUCAUGUCUAUGGAAAAUGGCCGAGAAGUCGUAGCUAAGGUGCCCAACCCGAAUGCUGGCAUUGCACACUUUACUACAGCCAGUGAAGUUGCCACGAUGGACUUUGCCAGAAAAAUUCUGGACACACCAGCACCUCGUGUCUACUCUUGGAACUCGCAAGCAAAGUCACACCCUGUUGGGGCUGAAUUUAUCAUUAUGGAUAAAAUCGAAGGUGUUCCGCUGUCUCAAGUCUGGAACAUGAUGAAAUUACCCCAGAAGCUCCAAGUGCUUCUUGCCAUGACACGUCUCCAGAAGCAAUGGCUGGGCGUUUCAUUCUCGCGUUACGGCAGCUUGUACUACGCGGGAGACGUGCAUCCACCACCAGAUAACCACUACAUCAAGGAUGGCAAAGCUGUCAAAGAUUCCGAGGUUGCUAUUGGGCCUACUACAGGCCGAGAUUGGUUUGAUGGGGGUCGAUCAGUUUUGGAUAUCGAGAGGGGCCCAUGGGCUUCUCUAAUGCAGUAUCUGCAAGUAGUCGCGACGCGAGAGACAAAAGCAAUCCAGUCUUUGAAACCUCCGAAACAGAUCGCUUUAUUCUGUGGCCCAAAGCUCUGCCGGCUAGACAAGGAAAAGAAGCUUACUGCUUUAGCAUGGUACCGACAAAUCAUUGAUGCCCUUAUCCCGAAGGACACUGCCAUCACCAACCCGCGCCUCUGGCAUAAUGAUUUACAUGAUGACAACAUCUUGUAG